UAUUUUAGUGUGUUUUUCCAAGAAAUUCAAUUUCAGAAUCUAAGCCCUAAUGCUUCAAACACCAAAAUCCUUCCCAUUCUAAGUCGUUUCUCACCCAAAAUUCACUCACAGUUUCUCUGCAAUUGCGAAGAAGAUUCGAGAUGUGUGAAAAGGGGGCGAUGAUAUCAGUGGAAGAUGCUCUCCAAAUAGUGAAAACUGUGUCUCAGCAGCUUUCACCAGUAAUAGUUCCAAUUCAUGAAGCCCUUGGCAAAGUAUUGGCGCAAGACAUUCAUGCUCCUGACCCUUUACCGCCUUUUCCCGCUUCUGUGAAGGAUGGUUAUGCUGUAGUUGCUUCAGAUGGGCCUGGUGAAUAUCCCAUAAUUACUGAAUCAAGAGCUGGAAAUGAUGGAGUUGGUGUGAUUGUGACUCCUGGAACUGUUGCAUACGUAACAACUGGCGGUCCUAUACCUGAUGGUGCUGAUGCCGUUGUCCAAGUUGAGGACAGUGAACUAAUAAAAGAUCCUUUAGGUGAUUCGAAGCGAGUAAGGAUAUUGACACAAACCUGCAAAGGGGUUGAUAUUCGUCCAGUGGGAUGUGAUAUUCAAAAAGAUGCUAUUGUAUUAAAGUCUGGAGAACUAGUGGGUGCUUCAGAAAUUGGCUUACUCGCUACUGUGGGUGUAAUGAUGGUGAAGGUAUAUCCUACCCCAACAAUUGCUGUGCUUUCUACAGGGGAUGAACUUGUUGAGCCAACAACUGGGCAUCUAAAUCGUGGUCAGAUUAGGGACUCGAACCGUGCUAUGCUACUGGCUGCUGCAGUGCAGCAGCACUGCAAAAUUCUUGAUCUUGGUAUUGCUCAUGAUGAUGAAGAAGAAAUUCAGAGGAUUUUGGAUAGUGCCUUCUCUGCUGGAAUCGAUAUCCUUUUGAUUUCUGGAGGUGUUUCCAUGGGAGAUAGGGACUUUGUCAAGCCUUUGCUUGGAAAGAGAGGGACCUUGCAUUUUAGCAAGGUUCGCAUGAAACCAGGUAAGCCUGUGACAUUUGCAGAGAUCAUUGUAAAAUCAGCAGAUACAACUUCCAAGAAAAUUCUUGCAUUCGGGUUGCCUGGAAAUCCAGUGAGCUGUUUAGUCUGUUUUCAUCUAUUUGUAGUCCCUGCCAUUCACUGUCUUGCUGGAUGGGCAAACCCUUCCCACUUGAGAGUACAGGUUCGCCUCAGACAAUCAAUAAAGACAGAUCCAGUACGACCAGAAUUCCACCGUGCCAUUGUUAGAUGGAAUGAUGGAUCUGUCAAUCCAGGUUUUGUUGCUGAGAGCACUGGUCAUCAAAUAAGCAGUCGGCUCCUCAGUAUGAAGUCCGCAAAUGCAUUGUUGGAGUUGCCAGCUACAGGAAAUGUGAUUUCUGCUGGAAAUUAUGUGUCAGCCAUCAUAAUAUCUGAUAUAAGCAAUGCUGCGAUGGGCGAAGAUUCAGCUUCUGGUAUGCAAGGAAGUGUAUCACAAGAUAUAACUGCCAAGUCCCAAGAUGCUGUAUGUAGAGUAGCUGUUCUUACUGUAAGUGAUACAGUUGCAUCAGGGGCUGGGCCUGAUCGGAGUGGUCCAAGAGCAAUUUCUGUUGUAAAUUCCUCAUCUGAAAGGUUAGGGGGAGCAAGGGUAGUUGCAACUGCUGUGGUUGCUGAUGAUGUGUCAAAAAUCAAGGAGAUUUUGCAAAAAUGGAGUGAUGUUGACAGAAUGGACCUGAUACUUACCCUUGGUGGGACUGGCUUCACACCAAGAGAUGUUACUCCAGAAGCAACAAAAGAGUUGAUAGAAAAGGAAACACCUGGUCUACUGUAUGUCAUGAUGCAAGAGAGUCUAAAGGUGACACCAUUUGCUAUGCUUUCUCGUGCUGCAGCUGGGAUUAGAGGAUCUACAUUGAUGAUCAACAUGCCGGGGAAUCCAAAUGCGGUUGCUGAGUGCAUGGAGGCCUUAUUGCCAGCACUAAAACACGCGUUGAAGCAGAUAAAGGGAGACAAGAGAGAGAAACAUCCUCGCCACCUCCCUCAUUCACAGGCAGCGGCAGUAGAUACCUGGGAGCGCAGUUAUAAGAUGGCCUCUGGCAAUGCCUCCGAGCCUACUUGUUCUUGUUCCCAUUAGGAGUCGUAUUGCUCUUCAGUUUUGUUUCCAGGGCUUGGAUUAGAAUGCUUUGGAUUCAAAUCAAACCUAUAGAUUCGGAGUGAGGCCCUUCUCCACUCAUUUUUCAUUUUGUCUACCUUCCCAUGUGCCGAUUAACUUAAUAACUUAAUUUAAGUCA